ACCUCGAGGAGCUGAAAGAUACCUACGGCCUCCCCUUCACCAUCAGCCUCAUCGACCUCGACACGAACGAGCAGAAGAAACCAUGGUUUCUGCGCUUGAAUCCGAAUGGUCAGCUUGCCUUCCUUGCCUUGUCCUUCCCCAACCCCGACAAUCCCAAAUCCACAUGUACCAGGCACUGCAUGCAACAACCAAGUCCCUAACCUCAUCCCCUGUUUUGCGUGGAUAGGCCGCAUCCCCCUCCUGAUCGACAAUACCACCACCCCCAACCCGCACGUCGUCAUGGAAUCCUCCGCUAUCCUGCUGUACCUGUUCCAGAAGGUCGAUCACUCCUAUAGGUUUGGGUUCGCGGAUCCGCUGCAGCAGAGUCAACUGCUGCAGUGGCUGGUCUUCUGGGGUGCGUCGGGGCAGAUGGUUCAGGGGCAGUGGAAUUAUUUCCGGCGGAACCAGGUCGAGAAUGAUCACGCGAAGAAGCGAUUUCACGAUGAGUUACUCCGCGUGAAUCACGUCCUCGAAGCGCAUCUCUCGGGGCUGUAUACGGAUCCCAGCCUGGCGAGGGAGUACCUGGCGGGACCGGGGAGGGGGAAGUACACGAUCACGGAUAUGAAUGCUUGGCCGUGGGUGAGGAAUUUUAGGGCUGUUGGGCUGGAGGCGGAGGAGCUGGUGAGGUUGCCUGCUCUUGCGGCGUGGGUGGAUAGGGUCGGCGGGCGGGGGGCGGUGCAGAGGGGCGCGUUUGGGGAGGGGUAUGAUGAGGGAGUGUCGCCUGAGUUGGUGGUUAGGACGUGACUUACACUGUAGGUUUGGGGGCUGGUUAUCAUUCUUGUUUCUGGCAGCUAGAUCAUGGUAGGCUGCGUGGCGGUAGUUACAGUAUACCCCCUUUAUCCAACUAUAUGUAUGCAUGUUGAAGUUAUACAUGUUGUG